AUGGUUGCGUCUAUGCAACGGAAGAAGAAGAGGUCCUCAAAGGCAAAAAUAAGAGGAAGAAGACGACGACAAAACGGAGAAGACUUUUUUGUCGCACCGGAGAUCCCUUUGGAUCUGCUGAUCGAGAUUCUGAUUAGAUUGCCUGCUAAAUCGCUGUUGAGGUUCAAGUGCGUUUCGAUGCUCUGGUCUUCUCUUAUCCGUUCUCGAUAUUUUAGCAAUCGUUAUGAUCUUACGGUUGCUUCUCCACUCCGACCACCUAAUUUAUACAUGAGUUUGGUGGUACACCUCGUGUGUAAUUCAAUGGAGGUUUGCCACAACCCCCGUGAGACUUUACUGCUGUCAUUGUCUAGUAGUAGUGCUGAGUCUUUCGACCAAGAUUUGACAAUUCCAGGGAUGGGAGGACGCAACAUGGUGGUUCUUCGUGGCUUGAUUCUACACAAUGUUUGCAGAAAGGCGUGUAUCUACAAUCCAACCACCAGACAGAGUGUAACCUUACCCGCCGUCAAAUCCAACGUCUUUGCUCAAGAAUCCUACCGUAAGACUGUCUUCUACUUUUUGGGACAUGAUCCUGUUCUUGAUCAGUACAAAGUAGUUUGCACUGUUGUAUUAUCCUCAAAAAGAUUUAAGAGGAUAACCUCUGAGCAUUGGGUCUUUGUCGUAGAGCCCGGGGGUUCCUGGAAAAGAAUUGAGUUUGGUCAACCUCAUCUUCCUACAAGACUAGGACUGUGCAUCAACGGAGUUGUAUAUUAUAUGGCUUAUACAUCCCUCGCCAAUAAUAUUGUUGUUAGUUUUGACGUCAUGUCUGAAGAGUUCAAUAUGAUCCAAGCACCUCCGGAGGUGUCUUCAUAUGGUAAGUUUGUAGGAUUUAUAGAGUAUGGUGGAAAACCAGCUGUUUUUGAUUAUACCAAUAUGAGACAAACAAAUUUGGUGGACUUAUGGGUCUUGGAAGUUGGUGGAGAAUGGUCGAGAACAUCUCUGUUUUUGAAGCCUUGUCAGUUGCAUUUAGUCGAUAACGACAUUGAUUUGUCGGUAGAAGGUACAACUCAAGACGGCGAGGUAAUCUUGGCACCAAUACCAUUGAUUUCCCCUUAUUACAUUAUUUUUUAUGAUCUACAAAAGAAUGAUAUGAGCAAGGUUUGGAUUAGAGGAAUACCGGAGCACUGGUUUAGUAAGAAUGAUAGCAACUUACGUUUCUUUUUCAAGCUUAUGGAUAAGAGUGGUGAAAGCAUACUGCACUUGGAAACUUGA